AGGAUGGUGACGCUCCUGCCUCACCCACAUAAAAAUCGUCACAUAAAAAGUGAGAGUUUUAAUGGUGACGCUCCUGCCUCACCCACAUAAAUGAGAGAUAUGAGGAUUUCCAUACGACACAAUGGGUAAACUAGUCAUCUUUUCGAUUAAGAAAUAGAAAAAAUGGUGGUAACGCAGUUAAUACACUAAGACAAUGUUUGUAUGUUCAAAAUGAGGCUAUGGAACCCAGUACUACGAUACGAAACUCCAAGCAGUUCUCUCCCUUGUCUCAGAUGAGACUACUAGCUGCUGGUUUCCUACUAGGACUCCUAGCUUCAACAGCGGCUUGGGAUGAAAAUUUCAAGUCGUCGAAAUGUUAUGAGAAUGGACUUGACGACCUGACAGAUCGCAUGCCGGUCAACUUGGGUAACUUGAUUGCACUCAUUCAAAAAUGGGAAAGAGAACACAACUAUCAAAAUCCUGACACCGUUGCAGAUGCUCUGAUAAACAGAUACAAGAUAGAUGGUAUCAUCUUUCAACCCACUGGUUAUAUUAUUCCAUGGUCAAAUGCUGAGUCAAAAGAGGUGGAUAAACAGGAUAUUUUAACAAAGACCCUUGUCCCGAGUGAAAUUGUACCAACAGAUUUGUAUGAUCAUCGUGAAGAGUGUUCACUCCACUUCAUGUUAUCACACAGCACAGACAUCUACCCGCAUGGUGGCCUUGACUAUGUGUGGGAUAACAGCAGGAGGAGGAGGAGGUCUGACACUCUUUUUCCGCAGAGUGGUCAGCAACUCUCUCUGCCAUCUGGAGUAAAUCCUGCUAAACAUCCUAUCGAGAAUGGGGUCAUGUAUACUCCUUAUGGACCUGUGUCAGUGGGAACUCUUCUCUCAGGUAUUAUGGCAGCAGAUAAAACGAGCACUGUAACCAUCAGACAGAUCUACGGUGAUAGCCAAAUAAGCUACAUGCCUGCGGAGAUGCAAAAUAAAAACCUCGAUCCUCUGUAUAUCGCCACUUUAUCAGGUGAUAUUGGACAAUCGGCUGUAGCAACAGGAUUGGUGGGUACCACCGGAAGUGGGAUAUACUUAGGUCCUAGUGGAAAAUUUAACAACUAUACUUCAGCCCCAAAACUAUUUACUCUUGAAAAGGGUUACGAUGGUAUCACUGCGUAUCUUUCUCAAGCAGAAAUCUUUGCUGGCAUUGAUGCCAUGCUCAUCUCUACGUAUCUGAGAUCAUCGUCAACAAAACAGAGUUUAUCACAAAUCCUGAAGAUGUAUUAUAGUGAACAUGGUGUACCCAACAACCCAGAUUUUCGUGCCUGCAACAGGAUGGUAGCUUACAAGAAACUGGAUUCCAACAUGAUUAAAGAACAAGCUCUAAACUUCAUGUAUGCCUACAGUGAUAAGUUUGCUGAUCUCAAGAGAAUAGUAGUGGAGUAUCAGAAUGACUUCACUUCUAUAGAAAAAAGCAUGCAAACUGCUCUCAAUAAUGUAUGGAAUGCAUUCACCAGAUUCGUGGGAAGCUACGAUUACACGGACUUCGAUAGAUGUCCUACAUACGGGAAGAAUGAUGUCAAGUGUGAGAAUCAAGUGGACCUCAUCAUGGUGUACGGACAUGAAGGAGGUAUUACCGAGAUGGAUAAGCAGCGGCAGUAUAUAUCACUGCUAGGACAGCUGUUAGGCGUGAGCGUGGAUGGAUCAAGACUGGGUGUAAUAGAUGGUAAAAGUGGCGCCUGGAAGUUCCCGGUGACUAACUUCAGUAAUGUAGCAGACUGGGGCAGCAAUUUCACAACGGAUACAAGCAGCUAUGGAUCAGGCUCCGACAUGACAGCGGUGUUGACUCAGCUCACCAACUACUAUAAUGGUUUCUACGGUGAACUACUUAAUAAUACUAACAGUGCAGAAGCUCACUCACAGGUGGUACUGUGGAAUGUCGGCAACAGUUUACCUAAUCCUGAAGAGGAAUUCCUGGAUAAUAUAAGGCAAUUCAGAUUACGUUUCCCAGAUGUUUAUUUCCUUCUUGUGGGUAAGAGCAAGACUUCCUUUACUGAAAUGAUGUUGGACCCAGAUACUGACUUUAUCUCUAAUAACGUACAAGAUAUGGAAGUAUUUGCCACGACAUUAGCUAAUCGGAUCUGUAAAAUCCCCUCUAUGUUUGUGUACCCGGCGUGCGACACCCAAUUCUACACCAAUUACCACGAACAGAGCCACGUUUACACUGGCUAUGUAUCACCCAAUUUCACAACAUACAUCAAGAUUGCCCCACAGAAUUUCAAAUUCUCAGGAGACCUCAAACUAAUGAUAAAUAAUCAAGAGAUCAGUAUCUGCGCCAGCAGAGAGAGUGUGAAUGUAAUUAGUACUGCUGAUGACUACACAUGCCAAGAAGGAAGCUCCGACUUAGAAUGGCAGGAACUGUGUGGACGAUAUGUGGAAUAUUGUAACCCAAUCUACUUAUCUGUAACUGGCAAACCAAGUAUUGGAAAUUUGUGCCAAGAUGAAAAGUGUGAAUACCCAAAUCAAGUUCAGUUCGAGAUACGUCAUGAUGGUAUGACGUGUGGGGCAUGGCAUGCUACACCAUACUUUAUGUUGUUGCUUUUACUGGGGACCAUCAUCGUAUAUUUCAUGCUUACCUAACGCCUUCAAGAGUACUUCAAAUUAUGUUCACCUAUCUCCAGUUCACUUUUUAAAGCCUUAUACUGUGGCUUACCCAUAUUACCGGCCAUACGUCGCAUUAUUUUUCGUAAAUAAAUGUGCCUAGAGUUAUACUUAUCGUCUUAUGAACUCAUACUACAAAAAAAAAAUAAUAAUGAUGGUAGGUAAGAGCAUAAGAAGAAAGGAGCACUGCCGGAUACCUGCUAACCCAUUCUCGAGAUGGCCUGAAAUCCCACCCUUCUCACUGCAGUAGGCCUGCUGGCCCAUGCUAAGCAGGUCUUACACCCAAUAUAACCUUUCUACAUCUAAAUUUUCCAACUUUGAACCCAUUGCUGCGAGUCCUGUCUUGGUUAAAUAUGUGUAGCACGUUAUUUAUAUCCCUUAUAUUUAUUCUUGGCUCUGUAUAAUCCUAUGGGUUUGGUACUCCCCUCCCAAAUAUAAUAAUGUAGAUUAGUGGAAUAAAUAUACGAGCGGAAAGGGUUGGAUCUAAGAAGAAUCUUCUUGACAUGGGCCAGUGAGCUUACUGCUGAGCUCACAGGAUGUGAAAACACUGCUUUUAUUGACUACUAAUGCAGAAAAACCCAAUUUACUCCUAUUUGUGAGGCCUGAAAAUAUAACCCCCACGUUUUAAGGCAAGGGGUAAGUAAAAAUCUGAAUAUUUGAGAUAGUGUACGUCGUCAUAAGUUUCUUUGUCCUACGUACGGGUUAUUUGUGUAUUUUUCCAGUCACGAUGUUCUUUUUUAUUCUUUAUACCCCUGCAUCUUAUGACUUGGUACCACUCUUGGCCGGUAAUAUACGGUAUAUCUGGCAGGUUAUUGACUUACCUUAAUUAUUACUUAAAAUUUUAAGGCCCUUGCCCUUCCCUUUUCUAAGGUAAGGUCAUUUAAAAUUUUAUUCCAUAAAAAAGUAUUUAUACUUAAAGACAUCCAGUUACUAUUAUUAUAUUGACAAGACAGCGUUAAAUCCCAGUGAGUCAGAGCACCAAGCUAGUUACUAGUUUGGCCAUUAAAGCUUUUUCCAAAUUUGUUGAACUACCUCAUUGCUUUCAGCCCUAAAUUCCGAUUUAUAACGCCACAUUGAAAAUUCCGUUAUUAAUUUUGUGACCACUACUUCCGUUAGUAAUAAUUUAUAUGUAUCUUUUCUUGAGCUUUUAUUUAUAUACACGAAUUGGCAGCUUGUGUAAAUAUGCAUUGCAGCUUUUGGAAGUUUUUAAUAUUCAACCUUUGUGAUUUUGCUUUAUAAGUAAAAUCAUCAACAUUAAAUGUAUGGAAGUGGUGUGGCGCAGUGCGUUUCACUAUCAGUCAUGUUAAGCAUUGUUGGGUCAGUUCAGUAACUGGAUGAGUAAACACGUGAAUAGUGCUUCAUCCUUGGUUAAGGCAUCUUCACAACUCCAGGGCUUUUUCUUCCUACAGAGGACAGGAAGGUACUGUAUUAAGGAUUCAACAGCUGUUAUUUGUAUGUGAUUGAUGUAAAUUUUAUAAUUAUGAACAACUGAUAGCGAAAGAAUUGAGCUUUGAUACUAGUUCUUGUAUACAGGUUUUAUACAAUUAUCAGUAAAAUGUAUGUAUU